AUGCUCAUCCUGAUGGAUCAAAAACUCUCCAAGUUGAUCCACCAAAAACUUCUUGACAUCAUUGAUCACAACAUCUAUGCUGUAAGUGAGGAGAAUCCCGUGGCAGACGCGGCGAUCCUCCUGAAUUCGAAUAUCAAGAACUCUGGUGCCUUUCACAAGCUGCUGGUAGAUGGACAAAGAUUGGCAUUGAGCAAAAGGCCUAGUGAUGGCUGGAAAUCCAAUCUUGUUAACGGAACCUCAAAAUCCGUCGACACCAAGCUAGUUGUCACCGACGAGUUUCAGAGAGUCUUCAAAAGCUUCGACGCCAAUGGUGACGGCAAGAUCUCCGUCUCCGAGCUCGGCAACAUGCUCAAGGCCCUCGGCUCCAGCGUCUCUGCCGAUGAGCUUCAGCGUGUCAUGGGCGAUCUCGACACCGACCGCGACGACUUCACUUGCCUCGAUGAGUUCAACGCCUUCUGGGUCUCCGGCUCCAGGGACGGCAACGCCGCCGAGCUUCGCGACGCCUUCGAUCUCUACGACCAGGACCGCAACGGCCUCAUCUCGGCCAACGAGCUCCAUUUGGUGCUCAAUCAACUCCAAAUGACUUGUAGCCUCGAAGAUUGCAAUCGGAUGAUCAAGUCCGGUGAUGUCUGA